CCCAAACACAAGCCGACCAUUUUCUAGAACUGCCUGUCGCAAUCUCUCCAUCUACCAAAACACCACCAGACGAUUCCACGAUACGACCCCCGCGCAGCAUCCAUUUCCGCUCUCAGAAAGCCUCGGACCGACAUCAAUCCCAACUCGUCCACCAUGGGUUCCAUCGUCAUUCCCCAUCUCAACAGCGGCUGGCACGUCGACCAAGCGAUCCUCUCGGAGGAGGAGCGCCUCGUUGUCAUCCGAUUCGGACGCGAUGCCGACCCGUCAUGUAUGCAACAGGACGAAGUCCUCUACCGCAUCUCGGAGCGCGUCAAGAACUUCGCCGUCAUCUACGUCUGCGACAUCGAUCAAGUCCCCGACUUCAACCAAAUGUACGAGCUUUACGACCCGUGCACAAUUAUGUUCUUCUUCCGCAACAAGCAUAUGAUGGUCGACUUUGGAACGGGUAACAACAACAAGCUCAACUGGGUCCUCGAAGACAAACAAGAACUCAUAGACAUCAUCGAAACGGUCUACCGCGGCGCCAAGAAGGGUCGUGGUCUGGUCGUCAGUCCAAAGGAUUACUCCACCAGGCACCGAUAUUAGAUACCACCUCGAACACAGCAAUGUUUACUGCACCGACUUCAGCCAAAGCUGUAGCGUCACGACGAACACAUCACUACGCUCUCCUCACCUUGCUAUUCUUGCGGCUCUUAUUUUCUUCUUCUCGAGGCAUAGGAGCAGAAGGUGCUCCCAGGACAGAAAGAGGGUUGGUCUCUCACAAUCAAGAACUCUAUCACAUUUGAACUCU